AUGCCUCGUGUGUAUGGUGGCAGCUUUUCUGAAGCGUUUGGUGCCGCUCGGCGGGACCUCGGCAAGUACGGCAUCUUCAGCUGGAACGGUUCUUCGUACACUUGCUUGUACAAGGAAGAGGUCGAGGCCGUGAAGAAGGAGCCCAAGCCUGUUCGCAACCUUCCAGCCGCUGAGGCGGUUGAAAGCGAGCUUCCGGUUUGGACCAAGCAGCUCAUUAACGAGCUGGGCGCCAGCUUCUCAGCCGUCUAUGCAAUUUUUUCAGCUCAAUCUCAGAUCGAGGUAGCUGCCACGGCCCUGGCUUCCAUGCUGGGCCUCUCCGUCCCGGCUUGCAUAGGUCUACUGGCAUUGCUGAGUUUUACGAUCAUGUACUUGCUUGAGCGCAAGGGCAUUCCAAUCACCAACUGUCUGUGA